CAUGGCUUCCUAUUCUCUUCACCUGUAAUUCUUCUUGAUUCCUGAUUUGAUCCAGAACCAUGGAACCAGAGCUGGCUUUAGACUAUGCCUACAAACUCAAGCCUAAACAAACCACGUUCUUGAACUCUCUGUUCACGUCCACCCUGAACACGGCCGCGAAAACCCUAAUUUCUGUAGCGUCCAAUGUGCAGAUGGAACAUCCAGAGAAGUGGAAACCUCGUGAUCAUUUGAAGUUCAUGAUGAUGUUAAUGACUUGGAUGACUGUGUGGGUUCUUAGGUUUUGGAUGGAUCAUUUCCCUUCUCUUAUGAGAUUCUCUCCCCAUCAUCUUCUACUUGGAUGCUUCUCUCCCUUCCUUCGGUCCCUUAAUGGUAAUAGCAACUCGCUUGUGCCCUCGCUGUCAUCAAUGAUUACCUUACCAACUUCUGCUUCGUCUUUUCAUUCGCUUCUGCGCCAAGAUGAUUUCGAUGGUCCUUCCGUUGAAGCUCUUGGUAGAGCUCUCACACAUGCACUUGGAUUGCUGAACGAGAUACCAGCAACUUCAAGAAAAUAUCAAUUUGCAAUGGCAAUGGCAGAUAAGAUCAUGGACGGUAACUUCAGGGACGGCCAGGCGGAACUGAUGGAAGUGAAUCGGGCGGCUCUAUCGUCAGCAUUCUCACGUACACUAGGCCUUCUAUACCGCUCGCUUCAACAGCCGGUGAUAUCAGACCAGUCUGAAACGUGGACAACACGCUGGCUGAGAUCGCUCCCAAUGGGAAACUACAUAUCAGCCUACUUGAAGGGAGUGAAUUAUUGCAUAAAGACUCUGCUACAGACGGUAGCAAAAGGUGCGUUGGAGUUGGAGAAAAGGCCGCAGCAGUCGAGUUAUUACGAGCGUGUGGAUGAUCUUGUGGCGGAGAAGUUUGCCCAGGAAUUGCUUUGGAUUACUGACAAGUUGAGGGCUUAUGGAGCUGUUGAUGAAGCUAUGGUGCAAUGGAGUUCUGCUACUGGUCUUAAUUCUCUUUCUUUCAGUGCUAACCCUCGUGUCCAAGGUUACAUUGUCAAGAUCUCAGCUAUAUUACUGGCAGAUCUUUCUGGUGACAAGGUUGAAGUUCCGAGGCAAGUGAAGUUCGGAUUACUAGCACUGUGGAUUCCAUUAUUCUGUUAUGCAAACAACGGAAUAUCAUAUCCUUUCCUGACGAGCUUUGAGAAGAUGCAAGUAGAGAGAGCAAUGGAUGAAGUGAUAUCAACCUUACCUGCAAAAGACCAAGAAAUUAUCCUGACAAACUGGCUACAGGAUUUCACUGUCUGUGCAUCAGAUUGGCCAGAUCUCCAAGUAUCGUAUGACCGAUGGUGUAGGUAUACUCGUGAGUUUGGAGCAUGAAGUUUAAGAUCAUUGUGUGCUCUUCUUAUGAAUAAAAAGAUCAUAUGGGGAAAGUAUUUGUUAGUUUGAUCUCUUAUUUGUACAACUAUAGAUCUUGGGUUUAAGCUCUUUGAUUGAUGAUGUGUUCGGGAGAUGAUCAUUUCCAUAUAGCGUUGGUAUUAAGUUGCUGCAAUGGCUUCUGUUACAAUUUUAUAAAUGUUUAUAUAGUAAUAUUUAUGUAAAAACUUUUUAUACCAGUCGAUCAUUCAUUUUUACUUUGUGUUAAUUUCACUGGCACAUAAUUAUAUAUGCUAUUAUACUUUUUAUUUUUA